AUGCCGUCGUCUUUUGUGCCGAUGAUGGCGAUGCUGCCGUACGGCCAUUACGUCACCUGGCAGGUCCCUGUGGAGGCGCCUCCUCCCCCGCCCCCCCUCCCACACGCAGCCCCCGUCAAUCCCAGCCCUGCCGACGCAACUUCCGCAGCUGCAUCCGCCGGCCUCGGCCUCGCCCUUGGCAUUCUCAGCCCCCGCGGAGGGGCGGUCGGGGAAGAAGAAAAGGCCAACGCCGGCGGUGCCCAAGUACAUCUCCAUGCUGCCAAUGCCCCCGACGGCGACGGAAGCCACCGCGCGGCAGCCUGA